AUGAGUUAUGCUUCUGCAGGGGUGUGACCACAUUUCCUCAUUUACACAAGAACCGUUAGGAACUCACCCAGAGGCUGGUGUCCAUUUAACACUCUCACAAGUUCUCUUCAACACCUCCACCGAAAGUAUUGAAGUGAAGUCGUCUGAGUGGAAAUAAGAUUAAUGGGUAAAACCAUGUGGGUGACACCGAGCUCCAGUCUGAUCCUCCUCCUCACAUGUCUGAUGAAGAUCGGAGAAAUUCGAGCACAAUGCGUGAGACCCGUUGUUGGGGAAAACAGGGUUCUUGCUGAUGAUUCAGGCCAAACGAGUUUCCCUGAAGGAUCAUCACUAAAAUUCAAAUGCGGCACUGGUUAUCCGCCUGCAGAUCCAACAGCUUCCCAGACAAUCACGUGCAGUGGACAACAGUGGACCACACUAGAUCUUCAGUGCAAAAAAAAGUCCUGUGGAAGUCCAGGAGAGUUGUCCAAUGGAAGGUAUCUAACUCCAGAUGGAAUUCUGUUUGGUGCAACAGCCACUGCACAGUGUAACCAAGGAUACAUGGUUUCUGGAACUAAAACGAGAAAUUGUGUUGAUGCUGGUUGGGAUGGGAGACUUGCGGAAUGUGAAGUGAUAAAAUGUUUACCACCAGCCCAAAUAGACCAUGGAACUUAUGAGCCUUUGGAAGAUUAUUAUGAUUAUCUUAGUGUAGUCACUUACACUUGUAAUCACCCUUAUAGUCUUGAUGGACCACAAACAACAAGCUGUUCUGAUGAUGCAACAUUUCAACCUUCUCCUCCUCGGUGUGUGGAAAUCAAGUGUGAUGCACCUAGAAUAGAUAAUGCUAUUAGAAUCGAGGGCAAAGCACCACCCUACACUAAAAUAAAUUUUGUCAAGUACCAGUGUAAUAAGGGCUACAAAAUGCAGGGUGAGGCUUACAUGGUUUGUGGCAUAAAUGGAUGGAAUCCUCCUCCUCCAGUGUGCGAAAAGUCAGGUCCAGAUCCAGAGCCAGAGGCAGAGCCAGAGCCAGAGCCAGAGCCAAAGCCAGGCAAAUGUUCGUGGUGGAUAAUGGACCUUUGGGAAAAUUUAUGGACGUAGUGAGGAAAUACAUGCAGGUGGUUGGUUUGAAAGAGGCAGAUGUAGAGGACAGAGUGCACUAUGGUAGUCCUUUAUAGUUCUUCUUUUUACUGUGUACUGCGUCAGCGAUAUAUGGUAGAAAUGACAAUAAAAGCUUCUUGACUUGA